UAUUUUUAGAACCUGAUGUUGGAAUGCCAGAGUAUCUUGCACAACACUAUUUUAAACAAGUUGUGGCCGGAAUGGUGAGAAAUGAUUUUAAAAAAAUACGAAAAGAAAUAAUUUACUAGAACAUAUUUUUGGGUUAUCUUCACAGUCUUGGUGCUGCACAUCGAGGUUCGAUAAGAAACUGCUUAUCGUUUUUUUUCUAUAUGUAUUUUUCUUGCUCAAUUAGAUCUUUAAACCUGAAAACCUUCUCAUAUCUAAUAAUAGUAAGAUGAAAAAUUGAUUUUUUAGUUUUUAGACGCGCUCAAGAUUUGUGACUUCGGUUUAGCUACACUUUUUCGUAGGCAGACUACAAAAGAGGAACGAAAACUAACUACGUAAUGUGGCACAACAUCAUAUUCAUCUCCAAAGGUAAUUAUCUCGCUCGAUUUAUCUAAUUUUGCUUUUAAUGAUUUCCGAUCGUGCAUUCGUUAAUUUCUCGAAAAACAAAAGAAACAGUAUACAAAGAAUUGCAUGAGAAAUAUUUAUUUGUCGAAGUAAAGAUUACUAUAAAUCACUAUAAGUGUAAUAAUUUAUUCGAUAGAGAUACAUACUUGUCGACUAUACUAUUUUCUACAGGAAGUGCGAUGCCAUCGAAUGGCUUGCAUAUUUUAUAUCUACUAAAGCGAACGGCGUUUUGAUUAAUAUGCAUACAAUGACCUAAUCGACUGUUUUCAAUAGAUUAGUCCACUGCCCAAGGCGUAAUCAAUCAGGAAAUACUUGAUUGAAAAGCAUCAAAUAUAAAUAAGAUAAUCUCGAUGACUACCUUAUGCUAUCAAUGGAUUAUUUCUAAUAAUGUUUUGUUUUAGGUAUGGGCGAAAACACCGUAUCGAGGUGAACCAGUGGAUGUAUGGUCGUGUGGUGUUAUUUUAACUGCAAUGCUUACUGGAGAAUUGCCAUGGGAUCAACCGUCUUAUCCAAACUCCUGA